AUGAGCCCAGGCGCACCAUCAGUCACGACGAUGGUACAUGCUGGCGUACUAUUGCUGCUGACGGUGGUGCUGCUUAGCGGCCAACUAACGGCCUACGCUCAGCACAACCAGGCGGACGAAACCUGUGAAACGUUACCGUCAGAGAUUCAUCUCAUCAAAGAGGAAUACGACGAACUCGGGCGAUUGUACCGGACUUGCAACGGUGAUGUGACGGUGAACAAGUGCGAAGGCAAGUGCAACAGUCAGGUGCAACCGUCCGUCAUUACGGCGACCGGUUUCCUGAAGGAGUGCUACUGUUGCCGAGAGUCGUUCCUGCGCGAACGGCAGCUUCAGCUGACACACUGCUACGAUCCGGACGGUGUGCGGAUGACCGAUCACGAGUCGGCCACCAUGGAAAUCCGCCUCAAGGAACCGGUCGACUGUAAGUGCUUCAAGUGUGGCGAGAUGGUUCGUUAAAGACGACAGCAGCAGCAGCAGCAGCAGCAGCAGCAGCAUCAGAAGAACCAGCAGCAGCCCCCUGCAUUACGUAGGAACCCUCUCCCUCUUCACAGAUCGGUAAUCGUGACACCAUACGAAAGUCGCGGAUUCCCUAGGCUCGGGGAGUUCGGGACCUUCCCAACGCGAGUAGUGCAGUUUCACAGUAAUAAAGCAAUUCUAAC